AUGGACCUUAUUUUGGGGGCAGUCGAAGACAUUUGCCGCACAAAAAAAGUCCGCAAGGAACAGGCUGACGAAUUGGAAAGUUCCAGAUAUGCCUUCAUAGGAAAGUCAAAACUCUAUUGUAAAGUGUUCCGAGGCCAUACUGGUUCAGUUUCUUCCUGUCAAUUCUUCCAUACAGACAAAUACAUCUUGAGUUCUUCCGAAGAUUCAACAGCCAAAAUUUGGAAUGUCGCAGCCAAAGAAUGCACCCAUACAUUUUGUGAUAACCAGUCUUUGGCACUAUUAGGGGCUCAUGUUGCUCCCGAUGACAACAGUUUUGUAACUGCUGGAUUGGAUAAAAGACUUCUCCAUUGGAGCCUCGAAACAAAUCAAGUGAUGCUGUUGGCCAGUGGUUCAGAUUCUGAUCAUGAACUCAAGAUAUGGGAUUUUCGUACUGCAAAACCUGUUCAUCGAUUGUCAGAUUUACACAGCAAUGGAAUCACAAGCAUAAAAUUUACCAGCCAAGAUGACAAAAUAAGUUCAACUUCAAUGGAUCGUACAAUCCAGAUUUUUGAUUUGAAGUCUUGCAAGAAAACACUCAAGCUUUACGGCCAUAAAAAUAUUGUGGCAAAUUGUGCCUUUGAUGCCAAUAAUCGUAAUUUGGCCACAACUGGUUGGGAUAAGUGGAUACUCAUCUGGGAUGUUGCAACUGGAAAAUACAGGAAUCAGGGUCCAGAGCACACUGGAUGGGUUGAAGACGUGGGUAUCAGUCAAAACCAAGAGUGGUUAGUUUCUUGUUCGAAGGAUCAAACCGUACGUAUAUGGAACAUCAAAAAUAUUAAUACCAUUCAACGCACCAACAAAAGUGAGCAGAAUGUAACACAGAUUAUGCAGUGUGAAAAAUGUCUGAAGCCUUUUAUUCCUGCACCUGACAUCAGAGGCCAUAAUUUACUGAUGUGUCUUUACUGCAAAUUGGAUCUGAAUGCAGAAAAGGAAUCCAAGUCUUCAACUAACACUUGA